AGAUUUUGAUGUCAUCGGAUAUCUAGAUUGAACCUUGGCAACCACUUUUGACCCGAGGAAGAACACCACCAUCAUGAGCGAGUCUCAAGACAUGGAAGGGAAGUAUCGAUCGAUAUACCCUGUCAUCGAUGAGCCUGUUGGGACUUCUGUGCCGUUUUUCCCACAAGUGGCAACUCAAGACAGCAAACCAAAAGUUCCAAUGCUGGGGCAAGGGCAAGACCCUUCCAAGAGACUGGAUCUUUCCAUGUCCGAAGCUGAUGCGAAGGCACUCAUGCAGGGUUCUCACCCUGCCAUGAAGCGACCCGACAUCACCUCCCUCGUCAGACCCACAGCCUCCAUCACCGAGAUCCCUGGCGCUCCGUCGGCCGCAAAACGGCUGAGCGGGGCAACUAGUCUCAGGGAUGCAGCGAAGCCGAUUGAAAACGGAGCAGUACAGCGACAAGCGCUGGACAGCAUCGUGUCACCCCUCACGAACAAAGAAGAUACCUCAGAUCGCUUCUCAUUCCCCGCCGUCGUUUCUUUUGCUAUCGGCUGGAUUUUCCCUCCCAUGUGGUUGUGCGGCCUUCGAUCUUUGUCAUCUGCCAAUCGAACUUCAAGACUGCUUGGAGCCGCUUCUCUUUUCUUGCUUGUCUUGUAUUGUACGCUUGCGCUUGUUCUAUUUGCUAAAUACUAUUGGCCAGAUGAUUGGUCUGGCAACGAUCCUUCCUGUGUCCAAUUCACGCAAGGACAGCAAGAUUUCACUUCCAAUCCCAACGGCAGUGCCCUAGCAAUCCAAACGCUGCCUGCAACCAGUGCGGUCAUUCCUAACAUCACUCUAUACACAGUCAAUUGUGCAUAUGUUACACAAACUCAGAUCAGUGCGGACACCUCGACUUACAAGAACAGAUCCUUUGUCGUCCGUGCUCUCUUUCCUACGACCCUAGGGGACGACUUUGGGCUGUAUGUGCGGGACAUUGGAUCGCCUAUCAGUACUUCUUCUGCCUCCUCUCCUGCACGAGCUUGGUUCCAAUACUCCAACCCGGCCGUCAGCAACCCCUACAAGGUAGGAAGCCCCAACUACGGCAGUCGUCCUCCUUGCCUGUCUGCAAUGUGCAAUGGGGUGUACGAGGCGCCAGCCUUCGCCAAGCAGGGAUCCAAGUAUGUUGCUACUGUGUCCCUGGGCUGGUAUCAGUACCAGAUGGCCAUCGGAAUGUACGCAAUCACCAAGAACGCUCUCGAGCGCUCCUUCUGCAUCGACACCUGCCUAAUUGACAACAUCCCAGACCCUAACAAUCCUUCCAAAAAUAUCAACCCCUGUGCCGGCGUGUCUCUGGAAACAUGCUCGGCAGCCAGCCACUGUAGACUAGCGAAAAGCAGCACGCAAUGCACAGGAUAACAGCACAAGAUUGAGAGAAAAUCUAGCUUCACUAGCAGAAAUGCCAAAUUAUAGUACAAGGGAAAAUUG